AUGAUUAUGUCAUAUGAAGUGUUUGCUACUUUUGGGAUAUCUGCUAUCCUGUCCUUCACUCUAUCGAUGGUGUUACUGCUGAUUGUGGCAGCCAAGCGUGGUGUGUUCCGUGUGGGUGCAGGCUCAAAGAAAGUCGAAUACCAUAACCCAUUAUUAGUUUCUGCGAUACCACCAUUGACACCGAAAAUCAUUGAGAUGACGCCAUUAAAAGAACCAACAUUAGAGAAAGUUGGUGGAAGCUAA